GCUAAGAUGGCAAUAAGUGUCCAUUCGCCGGGAGACCGAAGUGGAGCCUCCAUGUUCAGAAGCAGCCAGUCUUGUGGGAGCGGGGCGGCAGCAGUCAUUCCCUUCAUAUCCCGCUUGGGGCUCUCCAGGGGCUGAAACAGUUUUGGUGCUGGGUCAGAUGGUGCUUUUGUGUCCCUUCCCACAGCAGCAAAGUGGAGCUCCCCGUUUGAGGAGCAAGCUAUCUGUGAAGACUAGGACACCAGCAGAAGAUACGAAAACAAAGCAGGGAGCUUCAUUACUGGAAUAGAUGUCACUUCAAAGGAGGCCAUCGAGAAGAAGGAGCAGAGGGCCAAGCGCUUCCAUUUCCGCGCGGAGGUGGAUCUCGCCCAGAGGAAUGUGGCGCUGGACCGGGACAUGAUGAAGAAAGCAAGCCUAAAAGAGGUUCUGGGUUUCUUGGCAGCCAUCCCCAGAGUGCGGCUGGACACCAUCUACGUCUGCGGCGUGGACGAGAUGAGCACCCAGGACAUCUUUGCCUACUUCAAGGAGUACCCCCCUGCUCAUAUAGAGUGGUUGGAUGACACCUCCUGCAACGUUGUCUGGCUUGAUGAAGUGACGGCCACGCGGGCACUCAUCAACAUGAGCUGCAUGCCCGAGGAGGAGAAGAUGAAACCUCGAGAGAACAGCAAGAAGGUGGCAGAGAAGGACAAGAAAGAGAAACAGGAGGAAAGCUUGGAUGAUGAGACCGAAGAGGGCGAGGUGGAGGAUGACCACCCAAGCGAUACGGAGCUGGACACGCUCUCCCAGGCGGAGGAAGACUCCCUCCUGCGCAACGACCUCCGCCCGGCCAGCAAGCUGGCCAAGGGCGACAAGCUCUUCAUGAGGUUUGCUACGAAAGAUGACAAAAAGGAGCUCGGAGCUGCCCGGAGGAGCCAGUAUUACAUGAAAUACGGGAAUCCCAAUUACGGGGGCAUGAAGGGCAUCUUGAGCAACUCCUGGAAACGGAGGUACCAUUUGCGCCGGCUCCAGCGCGACGUGACUAAGAAGCGGACCCUCAUUGGGGACGACAUGGGUCUGACGCCCCCUUACAAGCAUCGCCACUCAGGCUUAGUCAAUGUUCCCGAAGAACCCAUUGAGGAGGAGGAGGAGGAGGAGGAAGACGACAACGAUCAGGAUAUGGACGAGGACGACCGGGUGGUGGUGGAGUACAGAGACGAGCUGCAGGCUUUUAGGCAGUCGCGGGAGCGGAGUGCUGCCCGACGCUCCAGCGCCAGCGAGUCCGACUCGGACGAGAUGGACUACGACCUCGAGCUGAAGAUGAUCUCCACCCCCUCCCCAAAGAAGAGCAUGAAGAUGACCAUGUACGCUGACGAGGUGGAGUCGCAGCUGAAGAACAUCAGGAAUUCCAUGAGAGCUGACAGCGUCGCGUCCAGCAAUGUCAAAACCCGGAUCGGAAGCAAAGGAACUUCGGAGAAAGUGGCCGAUGUCCGGUUGCUGUUGGAAGAAAAACGUCAAGGGAAUUCUGGGAAGCGUCCACUGCUCACCCCUGUGAAAUCAGAUGUCCGGCAGAGACUCGGCAAAAGGCCGCAUUCUCCAGAAACUCUUCAGCCCAGCAGCACUUCCGUCUCACAUCGUGAGCCCGCAUCGGACGUGCACAGCCGGCUCGGGAUCCCCAAGCAAGAUGUGAAAGGGCUGUAUUCCGACACGAGAGAGAAGAAAUCAGCAAACUUGUGGAUGCGUUUAGGAGCCUCAUCCAAAGUGCAGGAGAAGGUCCCGGAGAAAGCAGAAAAGCCAGCGGUAUCUCCGGAGGAGGAGGACUCUGAGCUCCAGCGGGCGUGGGGGGCCCUGAUCAAGGAGAAGGAGCAGUCCCGCCAGAAGAAGAGCCGCCUGGACCACCUUCCCUCUCUGCAGAUCGAAAUCAGCCGGGAGAGCAGCUCUGGCUCCGACACGGAGUCGUGACGGCCCCGGGGAUGUCUUGAGAGCGGCCGUGGCUGCGCCUCUCCCCUCUCGACUUUGCCCUGUGGCCCCCCAGUGGGACGCUGCUCUGGGUCCAGGCACCUCACCCAGUGGGAAGCUUGGAUCCCCUACAUCAAGGAAUCGGGAGCGGGGGCGGGGAAGGACAGUGGCCGGAUCUGUGCGUUUCCUGAAAAGACAGGCAGGCGGGUGGGGGCUUUGUAGAAGACUGGUGAUAUUUCCAUGUGCGGGUUUUGGGGGGAGCUUGGGGUUUUGUGUUUGGUUUUUUUUUUUU